AUGACAUUUGAAGAAUUUCUAAAUAACGGAGGAAAUGUUGAUUUAGCCAUUAGUGCUCAGGUGACAGCGUCCAUAACAGAGUUAGCUUCCGCAUCAGCAUCGGUAACUGGCAACAUGCCUGUUGAGCAAAGAAUGCCAUUGUCAAACCUCUCUAGCGAAAUCAAUAGCUCAGGAUUCGUUUUGGAUCAGUCGACUAUGGAGAAUGGCUUUUCGAGUAAUGUUCAAACUGUGGGAAAAUCAAACCGAAGCCGCAAGCGAAACACAGCAAUAACAUCUCCUCGUCGUACAAGGUCUAGUCGGCGCUUGCAGGGAAAGACGUCAGCGACUCCAGCCUUGAAUUUUAUCACUCCAAUCCCGAAGUCAACCACCCUCACUGCUUUAACUAAAGACAUAUUAAUUACCCCCAAGUUUGAUCCAAGGUUACCUAUACCUGCUACAAGAAUGAGAGCUCCGAAACCUGGAGAGAGAGUAAUAUCCAUGACUGGAUCACCCCUGACCAAUUAUGUUGGGCCUUCGAACCACAAUGCUCCGAAGGUCAUCAUACCAUUAACAGGAGGAAAGACAUUUCAACUAAGUGUAGAUGAGAAUUCAUCGCUUAGUGCUCAAGAGAUUGAUGUGGCAAGCGACAACGUAGCGCAAAAUAAUAUACGAUUACUCCAGGAAAAGCUCUCAAAGAUGUUGAAGAUGCCAAAGUAAUGCAAUUGAAGUGAUAUCAAGGAAUUUUGCUAAGUACCUGCGUCUAUAGAUGAUUUUUUUAUGUAUGAAUCUCUCCCUCCCGCGCCAGAAUCGACGCGAAAUUAUUGAGAUUUUGCUUUCUUAAACUGAGGAUGAAUGGAACUUCUGUUUCUAUACAUCUCACUCUAAAUUUAGCGAUUUCAAGUGACCGAUAGCUGUUAUUCAUCCUAGUAGGGAGAGAGAGAAAUUUAUUUAAUGACCAAUAGCCAUCAAUCCUUAAAUUUAGGGAGAUAGUUCUAUCCAUGCUCAAUGAAAUAAAAUUGUCGGCUUGUAA